AUGUGCAAAGCGGUGGGCAGGGCUAAAGAGGCAGUGAUGAAUCUGUUGAUUAAAAACCUGGAACAGUCCCACCAUGGAGAGAAAUUAUAUACAUGGAUCGACCCUGAAAAUGUUGGAAAGGGCACCUACAAAUUUUAUGAUGUCACCUCUACAAUUCAAGUUGAUGCAAGUCCACAGCUGCCCAGCAUCAGUAUUUAUGGAGGUGAAAGGACAGGUGACGCCAUCACAGUAGUAUGUUCAUCUUUCCACACGUGUCCAUACAGCAAACCAACCAUCACUCUGAACGGUAUAGAAGGAUCUGAUGAAAUCAAGGAUGAGUCCAUUAAAGAUGGCCUGUGGAAAACCACUCUGACACGCACAGGUGUCGUAAAGACAGAGCGCUCGACUAUUCAGUGUUCAGUAACAUAUUAUGGUGGCAUAACAGUGACAGCUACGAAGGAAAAAAGUGCAGAAUGUGUUCAUCAAAAAAUAACGAUUGAGCCUGAACUGGCAGAUGUCACAGAGGGCAUCGCAAAGAACUUCACUUGUAGCGUCUACCAUUCCUGCCAGAAAGAGCCAACCAUCACAUGGAACUAUGAGAACAUGCAGGUCACAAAGGGGAGCAAAACACUUUCAGAUUUAAAUCGGGUCACCUACUCCGAUAUCACCUUUCUGGGUGCAAAAGAAGACCAUGGGAAGAAAUUAAUUUGCACUUCUAAUUUUUCUGGAGGAAACAUAACAGCCGGUGUUGUUUUACGUGUACAAUGUGUUCAUCAUAACAUAACGAUUGAGCCUGAACUGGCAGAUGUCACAGAAGGUGACGCAGUGAACUUCACUUGUACCAUCUACCAUUCCUGCCAGAAAGAGCCAAGCAUCACGUGGAACUAUGAGAACAUGCAGGUCACAGAGUGGAACAAAACACUUUCUGGUUUAUAUCAGAUCAGCUAUUCUAGCAUAACUUUUCUGGGUGCAAAAGAAGACCAUGGGAAGAAACUGAUAUGUACUGCAAAAUCUUCUGGAAGAGACAUAACGGCAUCUGUUGUCGUAAAUGUGCAAUACCCAGUGUUCAUUGGACUGAAGACCAUUGGUCUUUUCAUCGUAACGCCCUCACUUGUGUUCCUUCUGGCUUGUAUACUUGCUGGAGUCGUCAUAUACAAGAAGCAACAAAGGUCAAAAGAUGUAACGUCAGGAAACAAGCCUUUCUCCAAACCUCGAAUGCCGUCACCAAAGAGUGAUCCAAAAUCCAGCUCUGAUUAUGAUUAUGAUUAUGAAGCUGAAUACGUCAACGUGGGUGAACUCAACUUGUAUGGAAAUAUCUGAUGAACAUCAACAUCAAAGCAAAAUGGGCUCAAAACAGUGUUUGUAAAAAGAUUAACAAUGUUAGAUUUUAUUGAUAAUAACAAAAAAUUUGUCAUGCAUAUCUGCAUCUCUUUUUAGAAUUCCAGAUCUAUUCAGGUUGGUGAAGCAAACAACUGCUGAUUUAUGUUUAUGAAUUAUAUUUGUAAGCUGAUUUUUCUACUACAUUUGUACCUGACUAUUAAACAUGAUUGAGUGACUUGUUACGUUCAGACAGUGACAUGCCAAACAGAAAGUGAGGCUGUUUCUUAGAAAUGCUUUAAGAUAUUGAAACAAAAUGUUGUGCAUGUCGUCACCAUCCUGAGAGUAUUUGAGCAGUAUGCGGACAGCGCCACCUACUGGUCAAGAAAUUGUAAAAAUUGGACAUACAACGUAAAUUAAAUAUCGGAUCUGCCAUUGCUUUUUCUGUUUUUAUGUCAUCAUGGCCAAUGACUCACUUUUACAUUAUUAUUUACUGUAGACACGUCAUGAUAUGGGAGAACACGCAUAGAAUUUGAACAGACUAGGCCUAUGUAUAGCGCAUACAAUUAUUUCAUCCAGUUUCACUCAGUUCAUGUAAAAAAACACAAAAAAACACACAAAAUGUCUAAUAAAGCAGAAUCUUUCAUACAUGACAACAGUGUGAAAUGGAUACGGGGGAAAAUGUUAUGAUAUUUUCCUUCUGGAUGUUUAAGUUUUAAAACAUAAAUAAAUACAAAGUCUGUUUCAGACUCUGUAGUUUGUAUUCACUUUAACAUGAAAUACAUAAAUACCAUCUGUAUUACAACCAGACGUUUACAAGCAAACACAAGUUUCACCUUAGUAAAACACAUAAAAUAUGCAUAACCAUAACAAAAUCAUUCAUCUCUAUUGCAUUGGGUUACAUGAGCCAUAUUCUUUUCAAGCAUUUUCUUAAAAAAUAUAUACUUAAUCAUGUAUGCAUUUUAAGGUAAUAAUAAGUGGGCUUGUUUCCAUAGAGACUGCAGUGAGAAGGUAUCGCGAGAUCCCGCUGUCACCGCUCACCCAUGCGUUUAUUUUCUGACAGAGUUUGAACUACAGAGGGAGCUGUGUGGACAUAUUUGAAAUGACCCAUAAAGCAUAUUUUCCUAAUAAUUAUAAACCACACCCAAUUCCUGGAAAAUAAGUUUUACAUCCACAGCUGUAUUCCUUUAUUUCAGCACCGGUCGGAACCUUUUUUUAUUUGUCCAACGCCAAUGUAAGCACACAGAGGCUACGCCAAUACUCUACAUUGCUUACUAUGUUUGCUUUGCAAGUAUAUUUGUGUGUUUUGUGCG